UACAACUUCAUGGUUAGCACGUUAAUAGAAGAGCCCCACAAGAUUGAAGACAAGACAAACCGACAAAGAAAAAUGGAAAAAAAUGCCCACAAGGAUGACAAUAUAUAUAUAAACAGGUAGCUUCUUUCCCACCAAGACCCUGGCUUUCUCAGAAAACAUGGGCAGGAAACGAGUUAGAGUGCCGAGGUUGUGUUUCCGGACAUGUUUCCGAUCCAAGCCAGCCUCUAAUAACUCCAGUAAAGCUAUUCAGAAAACGGAGCUUUUGAGCAAUGGCAGGGACGAUGACUUCAGCGCUGAGUCUGAAAGGGUGAAAGCUGGUGGUUCGGAGAAUAUUGGAAACAAAAUAAUGGUGGUUGUGGAUUCAAGCCUUGAAGCUAAGGGAGCUCUUGAAUGGGCACUCACUCACGCAGUUCAGAGCCAGGAUAAUAUUAUCCUCCUUCAUGUAGCCAAACAAGGGCCUAACGGGAAGGUUGACCAAGGAGCUCAGGAAUUUCUCCACUCCAUGAAAAAUAUAUGCCAAUUGAGAAGGCCUGGGGUGCAAGUGGAUGUAGCUUUGGUUGAAGGACGGGAAAAGGGUCCAAUAAUAGCGGAGGAAGCAAAGCGACAAAGAGUGUCACUACUGGUUGUGGGACAAAGAAAGCAAUCGUCCUUGUUAUGGUGCCUACUUAAGAGAUGCGCCGGACAGCAAACUCGCGGCGGAGUUUCUGAUUUCUGUAUCCAAAAUGCUUCGUGUAUGACCAUUGCAGUGAGGAGGAAGAGCAGGAAGCUUGGAGGCUAUUUGAUUACAACUAAGCGUCAUAAAAAUUUUUGGCUUUUGGCUUAAUAUAUAAUAUGGUCCUUGAUAUUUGCUGCCGAUGGUCGGACACAUUUAUAUAUUUCUUUUGUUUCUACUCUAAAGGGAAGUGUUAAGAGUGCCUUUUUCACUCUUGAUUCGAAUGGAAUAUCAAUUGAAAAUGCUAAACAA